UAGGCAAGAAAGAUAGAUUUCUCCCAUGGCGGUGGCGCUGCCGGCCCUUCUGGUCCUCGCCCUGGGCGGAUGAAGCGCCUGCCUCCCCUGGAUCCUCCGCGGACAAGCACCAAGAAGAAUAAGAAGCCCUCGUCCCAGCACCGCCUGGCCGCUGUCAUGGACGCCGUCACCGACCGCAAGCUCCCCCCCGAGCUCCGCGGCCGCGCCAACGCCGUCAGAGCUGAGACUGAUAUAAUCAAUGUUGUGGAACAAAAAAUAUGGCAUUCAAUGGAAGAAGGGCACUUCGAAAAUCUUCCAGGGAAGGGAAAACCUUUAAACCUCAAUUCAAACCCUCAUGCAGAUCCUGCAGAAGACACCCUUUACAGAAUACUUUCGAGGAACGGUUGUGCACCCGAAUGGGUUGAGCUGAACAAGGAAAUCCGUGGCAUGAUUGCACGAUGGAGAUUGGCAUUGAGGAAGGCUUGGGCAAACCACUCUGAGGAUGAUCAUUCUACCUGGCAUGACGAUUGCAGGCUACUUCAGGAACAGAUUCGCCAAAUAAAUGAUAAGGUUUUCCGAUACAACCUGAUAGUUCCCUUUGGGCGGCAAAUGUUUGGUCUUAACUGGGGCAAGGAGCUGGACAAAUUGAAACUGAAGUAAGACAGGAAAAAAAAAAGGCUACUGCGAUGCAGAUUUAUAGGCUUUGUUCUGGAUUUUGUUGUAUUGGAAUAUACCUUAGAACUCGAGUAGGGGUAAAUUGCUUGAAUAAACAAUCCAGAAAGUAUAGGUUUACACGGGACUUCAAUGCAGUCAUCUUGGUCUUAGUAGAUUUUCAGGUGUGUUAGCAUGAAGUGCAAAGGGGAUCGACGCGAUCGAUGUAGCAGAACUUAUUUUCUUCUCUCUUUUUUUUUGAAAUGUAGCAGGAGCCCUGCUAUUUCAAUUAAGAGGAAAAAGGAGUUGAUGAUUUACAUCAAGGUCACUUUGUGGACCGACAGGAGGCAUCCCAGUGCACCAUCUGGGGCAGCCAACCAACCAAACAAGGAAGAAAUUAACUAUUUAUUGCUACCUCUCUUUGCUCCAAUUUUUCCUUGACCCGCUGAACACAAAUUCUGGCGAUUUUGAUUCAUUUUGGGAAGUUCUCCUGCUGCUCUGUUUGCAAGUGUUUCAGAUGGUGGGAUGUAGCAGAGUUGAAUGCUAGUAGUAAUAUGUGUGCUAU